AUGCUCUUUGAGCGGCUCUUCUGUUCUUCACGGGUCAAGGUUGUGACCUUGUGCACGAGGAACGCGAUGAGCGGCUCGACCGUGAAAAAUAUGCACUCGAAGUGA